GCAAUUUUGACAUUUUUGAAAACUUUGCAAAUAUCUUUGUUUUCUUUCAGUGGAUUUUGUACAUACACAACAAAAUGUAGCAAGUAUACCAGUAGUAGUUGCGGUACAUGGGGCUGGAGUAGAUGUGGGUACACAAAGUAUUUUUCCUGUUAUAAGCGGCACUGUUGUUCAGGCUGGGGCGGAAGUAACUGUAACAAACCAUUGUGCAAUAAUUAUUGUCGCAAUGGUGGAACAUGUAUUCGUCCUAACACCUGUAGCUGUACAAUAUAUUACUCUGGAUCAUAUUGCCAAACCAAAAAAUCAUGUCUUGGAAAGCAGAUGGAAAUUUUCUUCCUUCUUGACUCGUCCGGAAGCAUAGGACAAACGCAUUUCAGCCAAGUAAAAGACUUUGUCUGGAACGUUUCGCAAGUUUUAGAUAUUGCUCAGAGUAAAACAAGAGUGGGUUUGAUGACAUUCAGCAGGUUCCCGAUUAUACGACUCAGCAUAGUUGAUACGGAGAAUAAGACGCAAGUGCUGGAUGACAUAAAGAGUGUGCCAUACGUACCAGGUUUGACAGAAACACAUACGGCGUUGAGCCUGUUGCAACGUGAGGGAUAUUUUGGAUCCCGGUCUAAUAUUCCGCAUGUUGCGAUGCUGAUAACAGAAGGAAAAUCUCUUCAUACGAAGGACACUUCAGAUGCUGCAGCUUCUUUACACUCACAUGGCAUCCAGGUGUUUGUGGUUGGAAUUGGACAUAAUGUUGCGUCAACUGAGUUGCACACCAUUGCCUCUGAUCCUGAUAGUGGCCACUUGUUGACAGUCGAAACCUACAAAGAACUGCCCAGCAUCAUCGAAAAACUGACUACACUGACAUGUGAUGUUUCAGCGCACAGUUAUACGCCAAUGACAACACCAAAGCCGAUUCUGUUCCAGCAUACAUACGGUGAUCCAGUUUCGGAAUGUAUUGGAAAGGCUGCAGAUAUAGUGUUUGUCAUAGAUUCAACUACUACAAUUGGAGCAGCCCAUUUCAAAAGCGUCAAACGUUUUGCACUGGACAUCGUCAAUGACUUUGACAUAGCCGAUAAUGCUACACGGAUUGGAGUCAUAACGUUCAGUACAUAUCCUUUACUUCGCCUGGAACUAGGCAAACUAAAUGCCAAACUUGAGGUUCUUAACUUUAUCAACAAUCUAGUGUACUUCACAGGAAAACGCGAAACAGACAGGGCUUUGGAACUUCUUCGCAUUGAAGGACUUUUAAAUCAUCGUCAAGAAACACCGGACAUUGCAAUUUUGAUUACUGAUGGUCCUUCUACAAGUACAUUUCUUACUACAAGGGCGGCUGACGAGCUGAAACAAAGCGGCGUUGAAGUUUUUGUUGUUGGUAUAGGUGAUAAAGUUAAUGCUCAAGAACUAGGAUCAAUUUCAAGUGAUCCUAAGGACCAUGUUUUCACAGUGUCUAAUUUCGAUGAACUUGGCCUGUCAAGCUUCGAAGGUGUUGUAGCUAAAACCAUUUGUAAAGAUAUUCCAUUUUUAACAACGCAAAGAACCACUCCUUCGACAACUACACCAACGCAAACAACAACACAUCAGUUGAUGACGUCAUCAAGAUCACCCUGGCUGAUCAGCGGAAAUGACACCUCGGAUUGUGUUCCUGACGUUAAAGACAUUUUGUUCCUUGUGGACAGUUCAACUAAAGUUGGCGAGAAGAACUUCAUGAAAGUGAAGACAUUUAUCAAACAAACUGUUGGAACGUUUAAUAUUGGAUUAAACCAAACACGUGUGGGGUUAAUUCUUUUCAACACAAAUGCAACAUUGGUGUUUGCAUUGGACGCGUAUGAUACAUCACAAGACAUACAACAGGCUGUAGAUAACAUAGUAUACAAGCCAGCUAAUAAAACAAAUACAGCGCAAGCUUUAGAGUUUGCUCGCACACAAGGUUUUACUUAUGAUCGUGCUGGAGCGCCAAACAUUGCGUUUGUAAUAACAGAUGGAUAUUCCUCUAACAAAACAGCCACACAUCUUCAGGCAACAUUGGCUAAAGAGAAUAAUUUGAUACAGAUUGUAACGACAGCUGUCGGACAGUAUGUUGACUUUGAUGAGCUUGUUGAUAUAGCAACUGAAAAUCCAUACACAAAUCAAAGUCUGUUUUACAGCGUGGACGAUUUUGACGAUCUGCAUGUGAUGUCACUUGAAAAUGUGUUGACUAGUGUCAUAUGUGGUUUUCAAAUCCUGCCUACAUCACCAGAAACAACCACGACAACCACUACGACCACGUCUCAUUCUACAUCGACCCCUUGUUAUGACAAAGUGAAGAAUUGUGAUGAAUAUAAGCAAGAUAUGUGCACAAGCUAUAAACCAUGGGCCAUGGCUCAUUGCAAUCAAUACUGUGGAUUUUGUCAAGGCACCACUACCCCUGUAAAGAUAUGUUUUGAUAAGAUAGAUAAUUGUCACGAAUACGGUCCUAACAUCUGUAAUUCGACCGCAUUUAGAAAAUGGACAAAAGACCAUUGCUCGCUCUACUGUGGACUUUGUGGACCUCCAACGACAACUACUUCAAUCCCGUCUACACCAAAAUUUGAAAUACCAACAGUACCACCCAAGACACCUAUGCUGCCUUCGUCUGGUUUGAACUCAUCUUGUUACAAUAAAGUCGACAAUUGUGAUUUAUACACCCAGGACAUGUGUUCAAGUUAUCGGCCCUGGGCAAUGGAACACUGUAGAAUGUUUUGCGGAUUCUGCAUAGGGACCCCCACUCCAGUUGAACAUUGUGUCGAUACGGUUGCCAAUUGUAACGAAUACGGCGCUGAUUUGUGCACCUCAUUAGGUUACCGAAGAUGGUCGAAAGAGCAUUGUCCCCGUUUCUGUGGAUUUUGUGGCAAGCAUUGCAAUUAUAAUUCUAAACGGUUUCAGAAAACAGAAAUAAACAACUUGUGUGCAUAUGAAAAUUAGAAUGCAAUUUAUUUG